AUGGAGAGUCGCCAACCACCACCCGAGCGCUCCAGCUCAAACGACUACAUCGACGAGACACAAUUGUCGUUCAACAAACUCGAAGCGCAGAGAUGGGAUCGCGCAUUGGAGAGCUCACAGCGCGCACUCAACCAGUCGAUGAAAUUACCCGGCUAUCAAGACAUGUGUAACUUCAGCGCACCCGUUCGGGGCCGCGACUUUCAAGGGAGUCCAGCCUGGUCUGAAGGCACUAUGAGCGUUGGCGGAGGUGACGACACUUUCCAGUCUCCUUCUAGCGACAGGACUGUUAAGUUGAGCAGCGGCUACAAGGAACUCGAGGACAGCAGUGCGUAUACCUUCUUUCCGACGCCUUUCACCGUCGCCGCAACAUCAGAGACGGGUGCUACGAAUGGCUCCGCGUCUUCAGUUUCUGAUAUCUCACCGUUGUCUCAGCGCCAGUCCUUCGCUCGAGUCGCGGUCGAGUCACCUUUUCGACCUGAGUUCGGCGGUCCAGUCCAGACUCCAGCCAACCACGGCAUGAGGUGGUCUCCUGCGCAGCUACAGAAAGAGAUCUCACGCAACUCUGACAACUUCUAUUCCCACCCCAGCAUAUCCAAGACUCAGGUUGCCUCCCGUCCGCAGUCAACAUUCCCCAUCCCACGAAACAUGCCUUUCGAUGAGAUGAUCGUACCGCGCGGACCGAACCUGCAUCAACGAAGACUCGAUGCUAGAGUGUCAAGCUCACCGGGUAUACCGUCGCCCCUCGGUCCUGGUCGUAUGCGGGAGCAGCUCCACGAGGCAGACGUUGGAGAUGUGUCGCUCUCACCAGUCCCGAACGGACGUCUCCACACGAGCGAUCGGAUGAAGUACGGGAAGACCAAGUCAAGCAACAAGGAUACGAAGAACGUCUGGAAGAACCCCCCGUCUCCAUGUUCACCUACCGUGCAGCGCUACGCAUCCAGCGGCUCGAUCGACUCGCCCAUGUUCGACGUCAGCACGGGGUCUACGACUCGCAUGUGUGGAGUUGGUGCGCUUCCCCUACCGACUGGUACUCGCCCGCCGCCUGUCCACCCUAGCAUGUAUGACGUUAUUCGGAAGAACCCGGCUGGCAUUCAGAUGUGUGGAAGUAACAAUGGGAUUAGCUGGGAUCCCAAAUCUCCGGAGUUCGUGGGCAUGGUAUCUGUUGAUCGCCUACGUGGCAGUAACAGUGGCUUCGACACCGGAUCCCAGUCGUUCAACCGCCCUCCGUUUGGUAAUGUUCGGACGUGUGGAACUACGCCUUUCGAUCACCCGUCAAGUGUCAUUGUGUGUGAGGCUCCUUCACCCAUACCAUCACGAUCUGAGACUCGCAUGAACAGCGGCUUCAAGCCCUUCAUAUCCUCAUCUCAGUCAUUCGGCAAGCCUUUCAUGCCCUCAUCUGAGUCGUUCGGCCUACCAUUCACCGCAACAUGGCCCACCUCCGCACCCGCAACAUCCGGCCUCGCCACCCCAGCCUCAACAGAAGACCCUCAUUCCGCACAUGAUCCAUUCUUCCAAGCCCGUCUACCCCUCCGCUCAAACCUACCCAUCCCGCCUCCCCCACUCUCCACCAUCGAAGGCCAGUUCGAGCAGUCCCCUGAAGGCCGCGCCCGUCUCGACGCGCAGAAGCCCGUCCGCUCAGCCUGGAUCCGCGGCGAAGCGUCCAAGAUAGCCCAACUAGCAACCCUCCGCGCCGCAAUGGAGAAGCGGUACUUGGAAACGCGUUCCGACGCAGACUACGCAUCCUGGAAGAACCUUCAAGCGGCGUAUGAUGAUGCUACGAACCUGGAGAAGAGGCAGGAAGAACGACGGAACCUUUUCCUCAAGGAGAAGAAGAUGGAGGCGUUGAAGACGGAUGUCGUUGGGGAUAUGUCUGCGCAUGCUGCGAGUCGUGGUGGUGUUGGGGUGGAGGGAGAGGGCGAGGAGAAGUUGCUGGGGUAUAAGAUGGCGCUUAUGGAGCGUGUGUGUGCGGAGGUUAAGACUGAUGGAGAGGAGGAGGCUAUUACGGGCGAGAUGUUGGCGACGUUGAGUAAGGAGGAGAAGAAGGCUAUAAGGAAGCUGCUCGUUGGUCGUAUGGAGCGCAUGGCUUGA